CUUGUUAUUUAGCAACUAAAUAAAUACGUUUCCAUCUCACUAAUUACUCUAUAACUCUAUUCUUGUCUGCCAAUUCUCUGUUACUUCAGAGUUAUUUCCCUGGACGGCUCUUUUUAGCCAUUAAUAACUCUGCACGAGGGUGCACCGUUGUUAUUUCUUGUCACAUAAAUAGCAAUCACGGUUUGGUGUCACGUCCAAAUUCUCCUUAACUUGAGCUUCAAGUAAUAUAUGAAAAUGACAAAAAUUAUCAUAAUCUUUUUAGACUUUGAAUUACACUUUUCCAUUUCUAGAGGAAUUUUAACCAACAAUUUUGCAUCAGACACCACUAAAAUCUGUGGUGGAAAAUUUGAGAAUCAAUUGUUAAUGCUUCUCCCACUUCUUUUUUUUAACGUUGUCUUUACCCCAAAGAAUGUAAUUUGAAUAAGCUGUGAGGCCACUAUCAUAAAGACAGGUUAACUCGAAAGUAUUGGUUCUGUAUUUAUUUCAGUAUCAGACUAAAUAAAUUGCAGGUUCAAUAAAAUCUUGUUCUUCUUCAACAUGGGCGUUUUUCAUCAUGAAGAUCCACCAAGCCCUAAGAAGUGCAAGUUCUUUUCUGGGACGCUUAAGGGUGCUUUUUCCAAUUGUCAUACCUGCCGGCGGGUUUCAAUUUCGAGCCCUGAGAAGGAGCAACCGAUAAGUGACAUAGAAGAUGAGCAGGAAGUUAUUAUUUCAGCAAUUCGAAAGCGUGCAAUGGAAAAGUCGAGGAACAAGUCUUUUGUGCUGACAGAUAGUUUUUUCUGGGUAUUGUCGCCAAAAACUGGUGAACUAUUCCUGGCUCCGAAGAUCUUACAAAAACAGGAGGAGGACGAUGAAGGUGAAGAAUUUUUCUCUGUCAGGAGUUGGUUUUCAAGUGCUUUGAGCGAGGAAGCAUAUCUUUCUGUGAAGACAAACUUCUCUCGUUGCUCUAGCUUCAAUGACAUUCUCGACAUUCCAAAUUUUCCGAAGCAUUCUGUACUUGAGGAGUUCUGUCACUGCAAGGGAUGGCCAUUCGGUCUCUGCAGGAAGGCCGUGUUGCUUCCACCUUUGCCAAAAUCUCCGGCCGAAUCGUGGUCUUGGCAUAAAGGCAGUAGAAUAUUUAAGAAUUAGUAUGAACUGGCCUAGGCAAUGCAGGCCAGAAAGCAAAUUAGAGAACACAAUCUAUACAAAACUAUAUCCUUCUAUCUAAAGGUAGUUGAGACUACCUAUACAUUUUACUUCUGUCAUGUUAUAAGACAUUCCACCUCAAAUCCAAUUUUGAGGAUACAUCUGAUUCCCAAAUGUCAAACACAGUUCAAUACAUUAUAAUGUUUCUAUUUAACAAAUAGAAUAACAGAUAUUCACUCUGCUCCA